AAGGUCCCACGCAGCGAGUUUCUUUUCGCUUUGAUUGACUAGCUGUGGAAGGAGGCUGGGCUCCACUCCACACUCAAGUCCCGCCUCGCGCGUGUUUCUUGAUGGGAACUAACGAUAUAAAAUGAAGCGUUUUAGCACGAUAACAGAGACGCGGUGUGAAGUUAGAGGUCACCUAGUGAACUGCUGUACGGACACUUGAGACAGACUGAUGCUUUAACCAGCCAGCGCGCGGAGAGACGUCGCUGACCGGGUUUCUUGUCACUUCCAAGCCGAAAAUCCCUGCAUCUAGUCGCCGGGUGAGGUACGGAGCAGAGCCAUGGCGGGGGACGGUUCGGACCAGCGAGCCCUGCAGUAUGAACAAACUUUGAUGUAUGGGCGUUACACCCAGGAACUCGGGGUGUACGCCAAAGAGGAGGCGGCCCGGCUGAGGGAGAGCGGGCAGAGGCGCAGCCGGACCCUGGACCUGCUAGAGUACGACAAGGGACGCUGCGCCAAGUGCCGCAGGUCAGGGUAUCCGUAUGUUCUGGAGGCCCCAGCCCAGGAUUUUAUCUCUGUUUGCACAGUUCGCUGCCAAAAAUUCCUGAUCUCACGAGUCGGAGAGGACUGGAUCUUCCUGAUCCUUCUUGGACUGGUGAUGGCCCUCGUCAGCUGGGUGGUAGACUUUUGCAUCGCUAUCUGCCUACAAGCACAGAAGUGGAUGUAUGGUGGUCUGGACAGUAACUUGUUCCUGCAGUACCUGGCCUGGGUCACUUACCCUGUGGUUCUCAUAACUUUCUCUGCCGGCUUCACUCAGAUCCUCGCUCCCCAGGCUGUUGGUUCAGGCAUUCCCGAGAUGAAGACCAUCCUGCGAGGGGUGGUGCUCAAGGAGUACCUCACUUUCAAAACGUUUGUGGCCAAAGUCAUCGGGCUCACCUGCGCCCUGGGCAGUGGCAUGCCUCUGGGAAAGGAGGGUCCCUUUGUGCACAUUGCCAGUUUGUGUGCUGCUCUGCUCAGCAAGUUUAUGUCUCUGUUUGGAGGAAUCUAUGAGAAGGAGUCGGGUCUAGUAGGGAUUAAGGACUACAGUCUCCUAGGAACCAAGAAUGAGUCGAGGAACAUCGAGAUGCUGGCGGCAGCCUGUGCAGUUGGAGUGGGCUGUUGCUUUGCUGCCCCCAUAGGAGGUGUGUUGUUCAGUAUUGAAGUAACAUCCACAUUCUUUGCUGUGCGGAACUACUGGAGAGGGUUCUUUGCAGCUACCUUCAGUGCCUUCAUCUUCAGAGUGCUAGCUGUCUGGAACAGAGACGAAGAGACCAUCACGGCACUUUUCAAAACCCGUUUCCGUUUGGAUUUUCCCUUUGACCUUCAGGAGCUUCCUGCCUUCGCUGUCAUUGGUAUUGCCAGUGGAUUCGGUGGUGCUUUGUUUGUCUACCUGAACCGACUGAUUGUCCAGUUCAUCAGGAAACAAAAGACCAUCAACAAAUUCCUCAUGAAGAAGCGACUGCUGUAUCCAGCACUGGUCACUUUACUGAUUUCAACACUGACAUUUCCACCCGGAUUUGGGCAGUUUAUGGCUGGAAAGUUGACUCAGGGGGAGUCUCUGGUGACUUUGUUGGACAACCGGACGUGGGCAAAACAGGGAAUUGCUGAGGAAUUUGACUACAUUGGAAACGCCCAAGCCUGGAAACACCCACAAGUCAACGUCUUCGUCACACUGGUCCUCUUCAUCGUCAUGAAGUUUUGGAUGUCUGCCUUGGCCACCACCAUCCCUGUGCCCUGUGGAGCUUUCAUGCCUGUGUUUGUCAUUGGAGCAGCUUUUGGUCGUCUGGUUGGAGAAUGCAUGGCAGCCUGGUUCCCAGAUGGCAUUCACUCUGAUGAGUCCAUCUAUCCCAUAGUGCCAGGAGGCUACGCUGUUGUGGGUGCUGCAGCCUUGUCAGGAGCGGUCACCCACACCGUUUCAACUGCGGUCAUUGUGUUUGAGCUGACUGGUCAGAUCUCCCACAUUCUGCCGGUGAUGAUAGCUGUUAUACUGGCCAACGCCGUGGCUCAAUCUUUGCAGCCGUCGCUCUAUGACUCCAUUAUCAGGAUCAAGAAGCUGCCCUACCUCCCAGAGCUGGGCUGGGGUCAUCAUGAGAAAUACAACAUCCGUGUGGAGGACAUUAUGGUGCGGGAUGUACGGUACAUCACACUCAACUGCUGCUACAGAGACCUACACAGCGUCCUGAUGUUGGGACAUCUCAAGACUCUGGCUUUAGUGGAAUCUGCUGAGUCAAUGAUCCUGUUGGGCUCCAUAGAGCGUGCCCAGCUGCAGUCGCUGCUCUCCCAACAGCUCAGUCGCAGCAGACGGAUGGAAUACAUCAGGGAACGAGCUGCAGCAGAAAAAAAAUGCCUUUCUGAUGUGUCAAACAGCGAUAGUGAGGAUGGGCGCCAGCGGGCCAGCCAGGAGGUCCGUUUCCAGAUUUCUACUGAGGAGUCCACCGUCAGUCCAACUCGUCCAGCUAGUCAGAAGCCUCUGAAACCUGCACUGAAAAGACCGUCUGUUAUGGAGAGACCCACUAAGCUUCCGACAAGCCCACAGGACCAUUCCGGCAUAGCGUUGAAGAGCCUGUUCUGCUCCAGUCCAGACGUAGAAGCUCUGGAGAAAAACAACAAUAUGGAGACCCCAGUGUCUCCUGAGCAAAGGAGGCCAUCCAAACGAGUCCGGAUAUCCGUCGUGGAUGAUGGAGAUGUGGAAGACGACAUGACACUUCGUGAGAUUGCAGAGUGGGAGGAGAGGCAGCUUGAUGAGCAAGUCGACUUCAACAACUGCAAGAUUGACCCCGCCCCUUUUCAACUGGUGGAGCGCACUUCGCUGCAUAAGACUCACACCAUUUUCUCCCUGCUGGGCCUCGACCACGCCUACGUCACCAGCAUCGGCCGUCUCAUCGGGGUGGUUUCCCUCAAGGAGCUACGCAAAGCCAUCGAGGGCUCUGUGACAGUAAAAGGCGUGAAGGUGCGUCCGCCUCUGGCCAGCUUCAGGGACAGUGGGACCAGCAGCAGCGAGACGGAAGCGACAGAGCUCCAUAAGCUGUGGGACCGUCACAGGAACGUUUCGCUGCCAGGAGAACAACCCACGUCGGAGUCCGACGAGAAGUCCCAGUGAGGGAAAGCUGAGGACAAAAAGGAAGAAGAGGUGCAGGUGGGGGAAGAGGAGGUGGGUGAUGCAUUGAGAUCUUUUAAUCUCCAAAGCUACAAACUCCUCAGGGCUACAGAUCAUUAUUUAAAUAUAGAAAGUUCUCCUAUGCCAUUCUCCCUUCUCUCCACAUCUGCCACUCUACCUCCUCCAACACCACCUCCUCGGCUUCUUUACUCACCCAGUGCUUCUUCCAGGAGCCUUGCAGUGGCCCAGCCAGACACUCCACAGGAAGUGUCGGGCUCUCCAUUUACCCUUGGGGUCCCACAGUGUAUCGUGUUUGUCACCUCCAAAGCUGGGACUGAGUUUUUAAAAGGGGAUUUUUUUUUGUAGACUUUAUUUUUGUUUUUUUGCUUGUGUUUAGAGUUGGAAUCAAGGUUUGAAGAUGCAAAAUAUGUCAAGCAAGUCUUCCAUAUGAGUCCUGAAAUUCAACCAGGAAGAAUACUGUAAUGUUUGUGUGUACUGGGAGUGUGAAUGUAUGAAAGGAGAAAAAUAUGUGCAUGAAAAGAAGGGCAGCAUAGACUAUGUCAUAUAGGAUUUUUAUUUUACUGCCUUUAGAACAAAUUUCAGUCUUUAUUGUCCUCUGUGACGAGGUUCAGUCUUGAUAAAUCAGGAGGUCUGGAAGAAUCAGUUUGUCCCACUACCAAGCACUGAACUGAUAAAGGGACAGAUGCUGAAGUAGUUUGUUGUUUAUGUCUUUUCCUGUGCAUGCUCACCCCUCUACUGCGAGUCCUAGCGAUUAGGCCGAGUGCAGCCAGGCCUGUUGGCACCAUAAUGUACACUCCCUUUAUUCUAUAGCUCUGGCCUCAAGUGACGUGAGGCUGAAAUGCACACAAACACUUUGCAGCAGUGCACUCUGAUGGUGGAUGUUCUCUGCUUAUUUAAAUCUGACUCUCAGAGUUUCUGAGAGGGUUAGGGAAGAUGAGGAGGACCAGAAGGAGGAAGGACAGGAAUCAAAUGGUUUCUAGAAGAAAAAAAGCAGCUCUGGAUGCUCAUCAAUCUGAAUUUAAUCGCUGUGUGAGCUGUUAUUAUAUCAUCUGAGACACUACACAAACCGCACUUAUAUAAUGGUACAAGAUGCUUAUAAAAUAUUAAUUGUCUGCUUAAAACCACUGACCGAAAUCUAUAACGAACCAACAGGGAGUGAUUUAACUUGUUCAGUUGGACAAAAUAACUAGAGUUUAGCUGCUGCAUUAUUGUUAGACUAUUGUUAGCAUGAAUGUGUAACAGCACUGUGUUUUCUGAUUCCUGACAUGAAAGAUAACACUAAAUACCUUACAAUUAAUAAUUCAUGUCUUCCAUAGUUCCUUGUGUUAAGAGGAAAAACAUUUCUUCCAGUUUCUCCCUCCUGUCCUAAACAUCCUAAACGCAUGCUUUAGGACCAGGCUAAGAUUUUUGCCACCAUUCUGUUGCCUUAUAAAAACACUCCCACCCUCCCAAUGUCUUCAGUGGUUUUAAAUAGAUUUUUAGCAUCUUUUCUUGUUUGGUUCUGCAUAAUAGGAAGUGUCUGCAGCGACAAAGCAUGGCUUUGCAUGAGAGAAAGCAUGUGGCAUUUAUUUUAUAUGAUCAAAACGCACCAAAAGCAACGCAGUCUAUUGACCGGAUGAAUGAUAUCUUGGAUUUGCCAUCCUGUGCCUGUAUUUUCUGCCAUUCUGCUGCGUCUCCCUCUUAUCCAGUAAUCUUUAUUCAUUACCUGAUUUAUAACCAGGUAUUGGGGUCUUUGUGGGCUCAGAAACUUACAGAUUAAUAUAUUUAAUAUCAUUCUUGUAAUCUGAAAUCAUGAUUUUGUGUCUUAACCAAUCUCCCUUGUUGACACGUCUCUCUUUUUGUUUCUGGGGAGAAUUUUCAUGUUUUGUAUUUGUUACAUUUUUGUCGCUUUUUUAAUGAUUUAAGAGCUAUUUUUGUAUAUUUAACAUGCUGUCUGAAACAUUUCUACAGUCGAGAUUUAUUCGUGAAGUGCAAAUACACUAACAGGGUGAUGGCUUGCGAUGUGUGUCUGACGGCAAACUGAAGAACCAGAAUAAUGAAGUUAAAGGAAUGAACUUGCUCAUUCCACAAGUGCCUCCUUCUCUUUUAUCAGUGGGAAUAAAACAGUGCUUCGCUCCUCAUAGACAUGUAGACCAGGCACUUCUCGCACUUAUCCCAAAAUAUGUAAGUGGCUUGAUGGUGUUUCAUGGUAGUGUGGAGUCGCUGCCAUGGCAACUGUGGUGUCUGCUCACCCCAGGGGGAGCUGAAAGCUCUCCUCUCAUUUGGUUCUGUUCAUUUGUUUGCGCCUUUUCAUCGAUUCUCAUUGUUCUGCCGGGUCUUUUCACCUCGCCGCAGACAUCUCAUCUCAUCUGCUGCAGAGAGAGGUCGCUUGCUCUUUAUCAGCCUGCAUUAAUCACAAGUUGCACAUUUUCUUUUUAUUAAUGCAUCUGCUUGUGGGUAAUUGAUUUGUGCAAUAACAGUAGUUCAUCUCAUUUUCUAGACCUGUUUUAAUUGAUGACAUGAAUGCAAGAUAACCUUAUUUUUGUAAAGAAAUCUGAAAAGAGUAAAAAGAUUUAUGUAUACAAGAAGAAGUAGCAUGGUAAGGUCUUUGACUCUAUGUAGAGGAAGGUUUCCCAGAAGCCUCUGGAAAUUAAAAUUCACAUUGCAACUGUAAUCUGCACUCUUGGUGUCUCAGUUGGGCUUUUUGGAAACCUUAUCUGGAAGACUGUGUGGCGUAGCUGCUCCUCUCAUCCGAGCCUCCCCAGGCACACAGGCAGUUUUAUCAUGCUUCCUUCCAUCCUCUCCUUCAGUCAGUGGCUUUGAUGAGCCCAGAUCUUUUUUCCACUCCUUACGGGACUGUGCAUUACAGCAAGCCAUGAGGUCCAAACCAGAGCGAGAGAGAGGGGAGCAAAAUCCCAGUUAUUUUUCACAUCGAAAAUUAAAACAUUGUUUUUUUGUACAUCAUGAUGAAUAAAUAUGAUUUUAACAAACGA